AUGGGUGCGAGGAAAACCGUUGCGCCACCGCCGGACUCUGAUCAGAGUCCGUCGCCGCUAGCCGCGGGGCAGAAUGGCAGCCUGCUUCUGAAGGUGCGGGUGAAGCCCGGGGCAAAGUUCACCCAGCUCGUCGGUAAUUUCGAGGACCCGCUCGGGGUGCAGGUCGCAGCGCCACCGAGGGAGGGGGAGUGCAACGAGGCGCUCGUGGAAUUUAUUGGCGACAUUCUGAAGCUAAAGAAACGAGACGUGUCGUUGACAUCCGGCCACAAGUCUAGAGACAAGGUCUUAUCAAUCACCGGCAUUGCAAUGUCAGCAGCGGAAGAUCUCAUACAGCGUCAACUGCAGCUAGAUGCGUAA